GUUUUUUUUUAAUUUAAAGAAAGUGAUAACGCGAUAAAGUAAUGUACAGCAUGCCAAGAAAAUUGGACCGAUCUAACUACCUCUGUUUCUGUGUGUAAUGUAACGCGUAAAUCUCCGUCUCCUUCUCUUUUUGUAUGCUGAGCUAACACCUCUACUUAAUCAUGUUCUCAUUCAACAAACCCAUUUUACUGGUAUCAUUUUUCACUUUUUCAAAUUUUAUGUAGCAUUUGAAUUUUCUUUUUGGUUUAUAAAAGAGAAAGGCAUUGGGGUUGUUUCUUGUGGGUGAAAGAAGAAGAAGAAGAGGAGGAGGAGGGGUAGUGAUGGAGAGUACAUUGAAGGAAUUAACAAAUGGGGAGUCUGUGCUUGAUAUAAAAGAUAAAUGUGGUGUUGCUGGUGGUGUUGAAGAUAUCUAUGGGGAAGAUAGAGCUACUGAAGAUCAGACGAUUACUCCAUGGACUUUCUCUGUUGCUAGUGGAUAUAGUUUGUUACGUGAUCCACAUUAUAACAAAGGGCUUGCCUUUACUGAGGCGGAGAGAGAUGCUCACUAUUUGCGUGGUCUUUUACCUCCCACUGUUUCAAGCCAACAACUUCAGGAGAAGAAAGUGAUGCACAAUCUCCGCCAGUAUCAAGUUCCACUGCAAAGAUACAUGGCCAUGAUGGAUCUUCAGGAAAGAAAUGAAAGGUUAUUUUACAAGCUUCUCAUUGAUAAUGUUGAAGAACUAUUGCCAGUUGUUUAUACCCCAACAGUUGGUGAGGCUUGCCAGAAGUAUGGAGGCAUUUUCAGGCGUCCUCAGGGUCUCUUUAUCAGCUUAAAAGAAAAGGGAAAGAUUCUUGAGGUAUUGAAAAACUGGCCAGAGAAGAGUAUCCAAGUCAUUGUUGUUACAGAUGGAGAGCGGAUAUUAGGACUUGGUGAUCUUGGCUGUCAGGGCAUGGGUAUUCCGGUUGGAAAGCUCUCGCUUUAUACUGCUCUUGGGGGUGUUCGUCCCUCAGUAUGUCUGCCUAUAACCAUUGAUGUUGGCACGAACAAUCAGAAGUUACUGGAUGAUGAGUUCUACAUUGGACUCAAGCAGAAAAGAGCUACGGGGCAGGAAUAUGCUGAACUUCUAGAGGAGUUUAUGUCUGCAGUUAAGCAAAACUAUGGAGAGAAAGUCCUCAUUCAGUUUGAAGAUUUUGCGAACCACAAUGCAUUUGAGCUUCUUGCGAAGUAUCGCACAACACAUCUUGUAUUCAACGAUGAUAUCCAGGGCACAGCAUCUGUGGUUCUGGCCGGGCUUAUCGCAUCUCUAAAACUACUUGGUGGAACGCUUGCGGACCACACAUUUUUAUUCUUAGGUGCUGGAGAGGCUGGAACUGGUAUUGCUGAGCUUAUAGCACUUGAGAUAACAAGAAAGACUAGUGUUCCGUUAGAAGAGGCUCGAAAGAAGAUAUGGCUGGUUGACUCUAAGGGACUGAUUGUUAGUUCUCGCGUGGAGUCCCUUCAGCACUUCAAAAAGCCAUGGGCUCAUGAUCACGAACCUGUUAAGGAACUUAUAGAUGCCGUGAAGGCAAUAAAGCCAACUGUUCUAAUAGGAACUUCUGGAGUUGGAAAAACGUUUACGAAGGAAGUUGUUGAGGCUAUGGCUUCUCUCAAUCCAAAACCUCUUAUUAUGGCUCUGUCAAAUCCAACAUCACAAGCUGAAUGUACUGCUGAGGAAGCUUAUACAUGGAGUAAGGGUCAUGCAAUCUUUGCUAGUGGAAGCCCAUUUGACCCUGUUGAGUUCGAGGGACGGACUUUUGUGUCUGGGCAGGCAAAUAACGCCUACGUGUUCCCUGGAUUUGGUUUGGGGAUUAUCAUGUCUGGCACAAUUCGUGUGCAUGAUGAUAUGCUACUAGCAGCCUCGGAAGCUUUGGCAUCUGAGGUGACUGAAGACGACUAUUUGAAGGGACGGAUCUACCCACCAUUUACUAACAUCAGAAAAAUAUCAGCUCAUAUUGCCGCUGAAGUAGCUGCUAAGGCAUAUGAGCUUGGUCUGGCAACACGUCUCCCUCGUCCUAGCGAUCUUGUUAAGUAUGCUGAGAGCUGUAUGUACACUCCACUCUACCGCAGCUAUCGUUAAACUGGGAAUUUUGGCUGACAUUUAACUAAUCCCAUUUCGGGCUACAUUGGGAGCUUUGAGUUUUAGGCUCAUUCAUAGUUCUAGAUGAAAUAUGUAUGUCAAUGCCUAGUAGAGUCAUUCAUGUUUGUUAUUCCUAGCAGUGAGAAGGACGAGAUUUCCCGUUCUUACUCGUAUUUUUCUCUUCCUUGAACAUUGUUGGCCUGUUCAUAUUAUAUAUUAACAGCCAGAAGUAUUUUUCUCGGAUCUACUUUUCCAAGAAAGCUUAUUAUUAUUA